AUGGAUAUCGUUUUGGAGGUCUUUGAUACGGUCUUCUUCGAUAGAUUCUGGGCCGCUGUCUAUCCUGCGUCUUCGUUAGCAGCUUACAAGGAAAACCCUCAACAUGCAUCCACUCCAACCUUCUCGAGCAUGCGCGAGAUGCCUACUUCGAUUCAGCCCGCCACCAAGUUCUUCCAGCUUGAACCGUCCCGAUACGCCUACCUGAGCGAAUGGCCGCGGGACAACAUCUAUCGGCAAGGAGCUUCUCUGUUUCUCAUCACAUGGAUCUUCGGCCUCGUCCUGUACUUCAUCUGCUCAACGCUGUCCUACUACCUCGUCUUCGAUCAUGACACCUUCACACAUCCAAAAUAUCUCAAAAACCAGGUACGGAAGGAGAUACGACAGACCAUGCAGUCGAUGCCGUUCAUGUCUCUGUGCACUGCGCCGCUGUUCCUGCUUGAGGUCCGCGGAUUUGGCAAGCUCUACGAUGAACCCUCGGAUGCUCCGUUCGCUCUCUACAACAUCCUGCAAUUCCCUCUCUUCAUCUGCUUCACCGACUUUUUCAUCUACUGUAUACAUCGAUGCUUACAUCACCCGCUGUUCUACAAGCGCUUGCAUAAGAAGCAUCACAAGUGGAUCAUGCCCACACCGUUCGCUAGCCAUGCCUUCCACCCCUUAGAUGGCUUCUCGCAAAGUAUACCGUAUCAUGUCUUUCCCUUUCUCUUCCCUCUGCAGAAAUUCGCCUAUGUCGCUCUCUUUGUCUUCAUCAACAUUUGGACGGUCCUAAUCCACGACGGUGAAUACGUAGCAAAUUCUUACGUCAUAAACGGCGCGGCUUGUCACACCAUGCAUCAUCUGUACUUCAACUACAACUACGGCCAAUUCACGACCAUUUGGGACAGGUUGGGUGGCAGCUAUCGCCAGCCCAAUGAGGAAUUGUUCAGCAGAGAGAGCAAGAUGAGCAAAGACGAAUGGGAGCGUCAGACGCUAGAGAUGGAGAAGUUACAGAAAGAGGUUGAAGGCGAUGAUGACCGAGAUUACGGAGAUGAAAGUCGAAGAUUGCAGAAGAAGGUGCUGUGA